AUAUAUCUAAUCAAUUGUAACGAUUUUUCUAUUAAAGUUGGUGUUUUUCUUAUUUGAAAUCAUUUCUGUACCAAGUUAGACCUCAUCCAUUAUCAAUAUGAGACCUGAAAUCGAACAAGAAUUAUCUCACACUUUAUUGACUGAGUUAUUAGCUUAUCAAUUUGCUUCACCAGUUAGAUGGAUUGAAACUCAAGAUGUGUUCUUACAACAACAUAACACUGAAAGAGUAGUUGAAAUCGGUCCUUCUCCAACUUUAGCUGGUAUGGCCACUAGAACCAUUAAAGCCAAAUAUGAAUCUUAUGAUGCUGCUCUUUCUUUACAACGUCAAGUUUUAUGUUACUCUAAGGAUGCUAAGGAAAUUUAUUACACUCCAGAUCCAGCUGAUAUUGCUCCUCCAGCUAAGGAAGAAUCUACUUCUGCUCCUGCUCCUGCUCCAGCUGCCGCUGCUGCUGCCCCAGUCGCCGCCGCUCCAGUUGCUGCUGCUCCAGCUCCAUCUGCCGGUCCUGCUGCUUCCAUCCCUGAUGAACCAGUUACUGCUAAAUUACUUUUACACGUUCUUGUCGCUCAAAAGUUAAAGAAACCUUUAGAUGCUGUUCCUUUAUCCAAAGCUAUUAAAGAUUUAGUUAACGGUAAAUCCACCGUUCAAAAUGAAAUUUUAGGUGAUUUAGGUAAAGAAUUCGGGUCAACUCCUGAAAAACCAGAAGAUACUCCAUUAGAAGAAUUAGCUGAACAAUUCCAAGAUACUUUCAAUGGUCAAUUAGGUAAAACUUCAAGUUCUUUAAUCAGUAGAUUAAUGGCUUCUAAAAUGCCGGGUGGUUUCUCAAUCACUGUUGCUAGAAAAUAUUUAGAAUCAAGAUAUGGUUUAGCUUCAGGUAGACAAGAUUCCGUUUUAUUAAUUGCUUUAACUAACGAACCAGCUGCUAGAUUAGCUUCUGAAGUCGAAGCUAAAGCUUUCUUAGACUCAGUUGCUACCAAAUAUGCUUCAACUGCUGGUAUUUCUUUAUCUUCAGCUUCUGCUGGUGGUGCCGCUGGUGGUGGUGCUGGUGGUGCUGUUAUUGAUAGUGCUGCUUUAGAUGCUUUAACUGCUGAAAACAAGAAAUUAGCUAAACAACAAUUAGAAACUUUAGCCAGAUACUUACAAGUUGAUUUGAAUAAAGGUGCUAAAUCUUUUGUCAAAGAAAAGGAAGCUUCUGUUGUCUUACAAAAGGAAUUAGAUUUAUGGGAAGCUGAACAUGGUGAAUUCUAUGCCAAUGGUAUUAAGCCAACUUUCUCAUCCAAGAAAUCAAGAACUUAUGAUUCUUAUUGGAAUUGGGCUAGACAAGAUGUUUUAUCAAUGUAUUACGAUAUUAUCUUUGGUAAAUUAACAUCUGUCGAUAGAGAAACUAUUCAACAAUGUAUUCAAAUUAUGAAUAGAUCAAACCCAACUUUAAUUAAAUUCAUGCAAUAUCAUAUUGAUCAUGUCCCAGAAUACAAAGGUGAAACUUAUAAAUUAGCCAAAAAAUUAGGUCAACAAUUAAUUGAUAAUUGUAAACAAACUUUAGGUAUUGAUCCAGUUUAUAAGGAUGUUAGUAAGAUUACUGGUCCAAAGACUACUGUUGAUGCUAAAGGUAGUAUUGUUUAUGAAGAAGCUAACAAAGAUGCUGUUAGAAAAUUCGAACAAUAUGUUUAUGAAAUGGCUCAAGGUGGUAAAAUGACUAAAAUUGAACAACCAACUAUUCAAGAAGAUUUAGCUAGAGUUUAUAAAGCUAUCACCAAACAAGCUUCAAAGAAUGAUAAAUUAGAAUUACAAAAAUUAUAUGAUCAAUUAAUUAAGGUUGUUGAUUCUUCUUCCGAAAUUCAAACUCAACAAUCAACUAAAUCUGUCUUACAAGCUACUGGUAACUCAACUCCAACUGAUGAUGAUGAAUUAUCUACUGCUUCUGACGAUGAUGAAAUUGCUUCUUUACCAGAUAAGACUUCAAUCUUACAACCAGUUUCUUCAACUAUUCCUUCUGAAACUUUACCAUUCUUACAUAUCAAGAAGAAGAAUGGUGAUCUUUGGGAAUACAACCGUAAAUUAUCUUCUGUCUACUUAGAUGGUUUAGAAAGUGCUGCCAUUAAUGGUCUUACCUUCAAAGACAAAUACGUUUUAGUUACAGGUGCCGGUGUUGGUUCUAUUGGUGCUGAAAUCUUACAAGGUUUAAUCUCUGGUGGUGCUAAAGUUAUUGUUACCACCUCUAGAUUCUCCAAAAAGGUUACUGAAUAUUACCAAAACAUGUAUGCCAGAUAUGGUGCUGCUGGUUCUACUUUAAUCGUUGUUCCAUUCAAUCAAGGUUCUAAACAAGAUGUUGAUGCUUUAGUCACUUACAUUUAUGAUGAACCAAAGAAGGGUGGUUUAGGUUGGGAUUUAGAUGCCAUUAUUCCAUUCGCUGCUAUUCCAGAAAAUGGUAAUGGUUUAGAUAACAUUGAUUCUAAAUCUGAAUUUGCUCACAGAAUUAUGUUAACCAAUCUUUUAAGAUUAUUAGGUGCUGUUAAAUCUAAGAAAACCAGUGAAACUAGACCAGCUCAAUGUAUUUUACCAUUAUCUCCAAAUCAUGGUACUUUCGGUUUUGAUGGUUUAUACUCAGAAUCCAAGAUUUCUUUAGAAACUUUAUUCAAUAGAUGGUACUCUGAAGAUUGGGCCACUAAAUUAACCGUUUGUGGUGCUGUUAUUGGUUGGACUAGAGGUACUGGUUUAAUGAGUGCUAAUAACAUGAUUGCUGAAGGUAUUGAAAAAUUAGGUGUUAGAACUUUCAGUCAAAAGGAAAUGGCUUUCAACAUUUUAGGUUUAUUAACUCCAGAAAUUGUUCAAUUAUGUCAAGAAGAACCAGUUAUGGCUGAUCUUAAUGGUGGUUUACAAUUCAUUGAAAACUUGAAGGAAUUCACUUCUAAAUUAAGAACCGACUUACUUGAAGAUGCUGAAGUUAGAAGAGCUGUUUCUAUCGAAGCUUCUAUUGAACAAAAGGUUGUCAAUGGUGACAAUGUUGAUGCUAACUACUCUAAGGUCACUGUUCAACCAAGAUCUAACAUGAAAUUCGAAUUCCCAGGAUUAAAGACUUACGAUCAAAUCAAAGAAAUUUCUCCAGAUUUAGAAGGUAUGUUAGAUUUAGACAGUGUUAUCGUCGUUACCGGUUUCUCUGAAGUUGGUCCAUGGGGUAACUCUAGAACCAGAUGGGAAAUGGAAGCCUAUGGUGAAUUCUCAUUAGAAGGUGCCAUUGAAAUGGCCUGGAUUAUGGGUUUGAUUAAAUACCAUAACGGUAACUUAAAGGGUAAACAAUAUUCUGGUUGGGUUGAUGCUAAGACCCAAACUCCAGUUGACGAUAAAGAAAUUAAAUCUAAGUAUGAAGAAGAAAUUAUUGAACAUGCUGGUAUUAGAUUAAUUGAACCUGAAUUAUUCCAUGGUUAUGAUCCAAAUAAGAAACAAUUAAUCCAAGAAGUCAUUAUUGAAAGUGAUAUGGAACCAUUUGAAGCUUCCAAGGAAACCGCUGAACAAUAUAAACAUGAACACGGUGACAAGUGUGAAAUCUUUGAAAUUGAAGAAACUGGUGAAUAUACCGUUAAGCUCUUAAAGGGUGCCACUUUAUACAUUCCAAAGGCUUUAAGAUUUGAUAGAUUAGUUGCUGGUCAAAUUCCAACCGGUUGGAAUGCUCGUACUUAUGGUAUUCCAGAAGAUACUAUCAAUCAAGUUGAUCCAAUUACCUUAUACGUUUUAGUUUCUACUGUUGAAGCUUUACUUUCUUCAGGUGUUACUGAUCCUUAUGAAUUCUAUAAAUAUGUCCAUAUUUCAGAAGUUGGUAACUGUUCCGGUUCUGGUAUGGGUGGUGUUUCCGCUUUAAGAGGUAUGUUUAAGGAUAGAUAUGCUGAUAAACCAGUUCAAAAUGAUAUUUUACAAGAAUCUUUCAUCAAUACUAUGUCCGCUUGGGUUAAUAUGUUACUUUUAUCUUCAUCUGGUCCAAUCAAAACUCCAGUUGGUGCUUGUGCCACUGCAGUUGAAUCAGUUGAUAUUGGUAUUGAAACUAUUUUAUCUGGUAAGGCUAAGAUUUGUCUUGUUGGUGGUUAUGAUGAUUUCCAAGAAGAAGGUUCUUAUGAAUUCGCUAACAUGAAUGCCACUUCUAAUGCUCUUGAAGAAUUUGAACAUGGUAGAACUCCAAAGGAAAUGUCCAGACCAACCACUACUACCAGAAAUGGUUUCAUGGAAGCUCAAGGUUCAGGUAUCCAAGUUAUUAUGGGUGCUGGUUUAGCUCUUAAGAUGGGUGUUCCAAUUCAAGGUGUUUUAGCUAUGACUGCCACUGCUACUGAUAAGAUUGGUAGAUCAGUUCCAGCUCCAGGUAAAGGUAUUUUGACUACUGCCAGGGAACAUCACGGUGAUUUGAAAUACAAAUCUCCAACCUUAGAUAUUAAAUACAGAUCCAGACAAUUGAAACAAAGAUUAGUUCAAAUUAAAGGAUGGGAAGAAUCUGAAAUUUCUUACUUACAAGAUGAAGCUGAAUUAGCUAAGGAAGAAUAUGGUGCCGAAUUUUCUCAAAGUGAAUUCUUAAGAGAAAGAACGGAAGAUAUCCAUCGUGAAGUCAAACGUCAAGUCACUGAUGCUAAAAAACAAUGGGGUAAUAACUUCUACAAAUCCGAUCCAAGAAUUUCUCCACUUAGAGGAGCUUUAGCUGCUUUCAACUUAACUAUUGAUGAUUUAGGUGUUGCUUCAUUCCAUGGUACUUCUACCGUUGCUAAUGAUAAGAAUGAAUCUGCCACCAUCAAUGCUAUGAUGAAACACUUGGGUCGUACUGAAGGUAAUCCAGUGUUUGGUGUUUUCCAAAAAUUCUUAACUGGUCAUCCAAAGGGUGCUGCCGGUGCUUGGAUGUUGAAUGGUGCUCUUCAAAUUCUUAACACUGGUUUAGUUCCAGGUAAUAGAAAUGCUGAUAAUGUUGAUAAAGUGUUAGAAGCCUUUGAUUACGUUUUAUUCCCAUCUAGAUCUAUCCAAACUGAUGGUAUUAAGGCUGUUUCUGUUACUUCAUUCGGUUUCGGUCAAAAAGGUGCUCAAGCUAUUGUUGUUCAUCCAGAUUACUUAUACGCUGUCUUAGAUAGAGAAACUUAUGAAUCAUAUGCCGAAAGAGUUUCUGCUCGUAACAAGAGAACUUACAGAUACAUGCACAAUGCUAUUACUCGUAACACUAUCUUUGUUGUUAAGGAUAAGGCUCCUUAUGCUGAUGAAUUAGAACAACCAGUUUACUUAGAUCCAUUAGCUAGAGUUGAAGAUUCCAAGAAAGCUUUUGCUUUCAGUGCCAAAUCAGUUCAAUCCAACAAAUCCUACGUCAGUGACAGUGCUACUGCUACUGCUACUGCCUUAGCUUCUUUAAACAAGUCAUCUAAGGGUGUUGGUGUUGAUGUUGAAUUACUUUCUGCCAUCAACUUGGAAAAUGAAACUUUUAUUGAAAGAAACUUCACUGCUUCUGAACGUGAAUACUGCGCUAAAGCUCCAUCUUCUCAAGCCUCUUUCACUGGAACUUGGUCUGCUAAGGAAGCUGUUUUCAAAGCCUUAGGUGUUGAAUCUAAGGGUGCUGGUGCCGCUUUGAUUGAUAUUGAAAUCACUAGAGAUGGUAAAGGUGCUCCUCAAGUUGUCUUACAUGGACAAGCUAAAGCUGCUGCUGCCAAGGCUGGAGUCAAGAACAUUGCUGUUUCUAUUUCCCAUGAUGACUACCAAGCUACUGCCGUUGCUUUAAGUGAAUUUUAAUUUUAAUUUUAGAUAGCUUUUUUAGUCUUGUUUACAUAUUGAAUGCAAAUUUAUAAAUAUUUAAAAAAAGGAUCUCGAAUUUGUAAUGACACAAAAGUAAAAAUUCGUUGCCUUUUCAUUUUUUAUUGUAUGCGUGUGUGAGAAUGGAAAGAGUGAGAGAGAGGAAAAAAAAAACAUA